CGCUUGUGUUCGUUGCGCUCGGAAGCAGAGGUUUGAGCAGAGCCAUGUGUGCGCAGGCCAGCGACUGGAAAAGCGCCAAGAGUAUUUACGAAUUCUCCGCCAUAGACAUAGAUGGGAACGAGGAGUCUUUGGAAAAAUACAGAGGUUUUGUAUGCAUCAUCACGAACGUAGCCUCUAAAUGAGGCAAGACUCCAGUAAACUACACUCAGCUUGCGGCCAUGCACACCACGUACGCUGAGAAGGGUUUACGCAUCUUGGGCUUCCCAUGUAACCAGUUUGGAAAACAGGAGCCUGGUACCGAAGCUGAGAUUAAGGAGUUUGCGAAAGGUUACAAUGCAGAAUUUGACCUCUUCAGUAAGAUCGAUGUGAACGGAGACAACGCUCAUCCUCUCUGGAAGUGGAUGAAAGAUCAGCCGAAUGGAAAAGGCACUCUGGGAAACAACAUCAAGUGGAAUUUUACCAAGUUUCUCAUUGACCGAGAGGGACAGGUUGUGAAGCGAUACGGACCAAUGGAUGACCCAAGUGUUGUUGAAAAGGAUCUGCCAAAAUACUUGUAGCCAAUGUGGAUAAUCUCACCAUCCUGACUUGCUGACUCGCUGCCUACGCUCCUGUAGCCUGCUGGGUAUUUUCAGGUCUUUUCCCUAAAUAAUGACGGCCUAUCUGUAAACCUGCCUGCAGGUAGGACUGGCCCGAUGACCCCUUGGUGUGCAAAACCUCCUCUGGGAAGCCUGCAUAUACCUAGCUAUUGCUGCAGAGUGAAGACUUACUGACUCAACCCUGCACUGACUGAUGGCAUUCAUCAUUUACUGAUGAUAACUAAUAAUAAUAUAAUAAUAAAACAUGAAGAAAUUCA